AUAUCCAUGUAUAAAAUGCUUGCUCCUGGGCGUCUGGUUAUUAAAACCUCCCCGUUUAGACUGGGGCGGCUUUUGUCGAAAAAAUCAAAUUAUGAGAACAGUAAAACAAAAAACGGUGGUCGAGAUGAAGAAACAAAACCUCUUGGGAUUAAUCGAACGUCGUUCCCAUCGGGCCUUAACCGCGCUGAUAGCAAGCUCGUGAGUGAUUCGGAAAAUGCACCCUAUUGGUUGCAUGAAGCCUACUUUGACUCUACCAAUCUCGAUUGGGAAACGGAAACGAAUGUGCCGUUCCACGAACACAUGUUCCUGGACGAGCAUGUCGAUAAGGCCUUGCGUAAAUCACCUCCGGUUGCAGCCUUCCUUGAUUUAGUCUGUGUCGGCUUGGCUCAGAAUCCGCAUUUCACAGUGGAACAGAAGCGCGAACAUUUACGAUGGUAUGCCGAGUACUUCAAGGAUAAAUUAGAUUCAAUCGACGCUUCGGUUCGAGAGGAGCUGCGUUUGACGGAGCUCGAACGGAAGGCUCGUGCAAUAGGUACCCCAGCUCAAAAGUAG